CACCUCACCACCACCACCUCACCACCACCAUCACCACCACCACCUCACCACCAUCACCACCAUCUCUUCACCCACCACCUCACCACCACCAUCACCACCACCAUCUCCCUGUCCCGCUGGAGCACUUCUCUCGCUGUUUGCUGCCGCCAUGCUCGCGGGCAAGGACCUCGCCUCGUGCCUCAAGUUCCGAGCGAACAUCUUCAACAAGAGCAAGUGCCAAGACUGCUUCCGGGCCCGCGACUCGCACCCGGCCCUGGACGAAGAGCUGACUCAGGCCAAGCCGCUCUAUGGCGGGUGGCUGUGCCUCGCCCCAGAGGGGACCGACUUCGGGAACUCUCUGCAGAGAUCGAGGAAAUGGCAGAGGCGCUUCUUCCUGCUGUACGAGCACGGGGAGCUGCGCUACGCCCUGGACGCCGUGCCGAGCACUUUGCCGCAAGGCAUUGUGCGCAUGUCGGACGUGGUGGAGGUGGUGGAGGCUGAGAGCCACACAGGCCAGAGGAACUCGCUGUGCAUCUCCACGCCGCAGCGACACUUCUUCGUCCGCGGAGAAACCAGGGAGGACAUUGGCGGCUGGCAGGAGGCGCUGGGCCCCUACGUGCUCGUCAACAAACAGACGCUGAAGAAGCGGAACGCCGGGAAGUCUCUUCAGCGGGAGCCGAGCCCACCCAAGGCGACCUCGGGUCACGAUACCACGGACGACCCCGGAGCCACGGACGCCGCCUUCCCGCAGUGUCGGCCUGGAGACCACUCCAGCUGCCCGACGUUCAUGCAGCAGAUCCACCAUCGCUCACAGACACGCGGUGGACUCCCCAGAUCUGCCUCGGCCUGCUCGCUAAGCCGGGACGACGUCGUCUGUGAAGGCCGCACGCUGGAGGUGGCGGUCCACUCAGGCCCCCCCGGAGGCCCGGCCUGCAGGCUGAGUGUUGGCGAUGGGGCGCAGGCGGUGGCCACUGGGAAUGGUGAUGUGAAAGGACCCGGCCAGACCCAGCAGCGAUGUCCACCACAGGGGGAAGCAGCGCAAAUGACAAAGGAGUUGAGCGCCAGGUUCGGCAGCGUCCUUCCCCCGGAGCGGCGAGCCAAGUCGCUCGACCGGCGGACGAGCGAAGCCACAAUGACGCCCGACCUAUUGAACUUCAAGCAGGGUUGGCUCAUGAGACUGGAUGAAGAUGAGCAGUGGCGGAAGCACUGGUUCGUGUUGACUGAUGGCAGUCUCAAGUUUUACAAAGACUCCAUGGCCGAAGAGGCGCUGGACGAGGACGGGGAGAUCGAUCUGACGGCCUGCCACAACGUCGCACCCCUCGACACGCAGAGGAACUACGGCUUCCAGAUCCACACCUCGGACGGAGUGUUCACUCUGUCGGCCAUGACGGCCGGCAUCCGCAGAAACUGGGUGCAGAGUCUGAGCAGCAGCGUCCGCCCUGCCACGUCGCGCCCCCUCGCCAGCAUCGUGGCGGAGUGCGGCACAGCCGUGCCAGACACGGCGGCGACGCAGCGCGGAGGGGAACUGCCGCCCCCCGGUCCCUCGUGGCCUCUGAUUUCCACCGCCGCCGCCGCCACCACCGCCACCACCGCCACCACCGCCACCACCGCCAUUCCCCUCUUCGACCCGACGGGAGGCUGCCGAGGUCACGCGCGGCAGAGACGGAGGGACGGGCGCUCGCGCACGAUCGACCUGGCCGACCUGCGGCCCCUGCGCGAGGCGCUGCGCAUGCAGAGCCGCCGGCAAUGCCGGCAAAGGGCCAAGACGGCGCUCAUCCUGCCUCCCGGCAUGGCAGCCCUGGCAGGGCCGGGCGAAAGCGUCCCGCUGGCGGCACCGCCCCCGGGGGUCCGAGCGGCGCCCAUCGGGGACCCCGGAAGGGAUCCGCUCCCUCGGACCCCGGCGGAGACGCCCGGUGGGGGCGGCCCCCACCUCCCCCCCCGCCCCGUGGAGACAACCCCUCUGCGGGACGACAAGCAGGUGCCCAUCGCCACGCUGGGUGGCGGGCAAGUGCCCAUCGUCACGCUGGGUGGUGAGCAAGGGCCCAUCGCCACGCUGGGCGGCGGGCAAGGGCCCAUCGCCACGCUGGGUGGCGAGCAAGGGCCCAUCGCCACGCUGGGUGGCGAGCAAGGGCCCAUCGCCACGCUGGCAGGUGAGCAAGGGCCCAUCGCCACGCUGGGUGGCGAGCAAGGGCCCAUCGCCACGCUGGGUGGCGAGCAAGGGCCCAUCGUCACGCUGGCAGGCGGGCAAGGGCCCAUCGCCACGCUGGGUGGCGAGCAAGGGCCCAUCACCACGCUGGGUGGCGAGCAAGGGCCCAUCGCCACGCUGGGUGGCGAGCAAGGGCCCAUCGUCACGCUGGGUGGUGAGCAAGGACCCAUCGUCACGCUGGGUAGCGAGCAAGGGCCCAUCACCACGCUGGGUGGCGAGCAAGGGCCCAUCGCCGUGGACUCCCCUGGACUUCCUGCAUCUCCUCCUGGUGCCCCCACAGAAGACUUCGUGCAGCUCCUGCAGAACGAGGUGCCGCCCCCUUCGUUGAUAGAGAACGAGGUGUCGCUCUCCUCGUUGAUACAGAACGAGGUGCUGCCCCCCUCGUUGAUACAGAACGAGGUGUCGCUCUCCUCACUGAUACAGAACGAGGUGCCGCCCCCUUUGUUGAUACAGAACGAGGUGCCGCCCCCCUCGUUGAUACAGAACGAGGUGGAAAAGCUGAGGGUGAAGCUGGAGCAGGCGGAACGGGAGCUGCGGAACCUGCGGGUGAGGGCGAUAGCACCACUGGCGAGGGAGGUAGCGUCGUGGGCGCUUGAGCGUGGCAAUGACGCUCGGUCUGGUGCGGUGCCGCAGGCCGGCCACGAGGAGGAGGCGGAGGAGGCGGUGGCGUGGAGCGAGCCUCUCCCGACGCGACCGUACGGUGCGAACGGCGGGUCCGAGAUCCGUCGCCGUGAGGGCGUCCGCUCGCCAGGGCGGGCGACGCGGCGCCGCCGUCACCCUGCCGAGCGGCGCGGCCCCGAGGACGAACCGGCGCUCGCAGCGGAACGGCGCCGCUCGGCCACGGCCGAACGGCACGAGCGGGCGGCGCCGCAAGGGGAGAGCGGGGAGGAGAGCGGGGAGGAGAGCGGGGAGGAGGGGAGGUCGGCAGGGAGCGCCGCGCCGACGGGCGCGGAGACGGAAGCCUCCGGGCCGCCCGCGUGCAGCGCGGAGGCACGGCGGGCGCCCGGCGCGGGCGCGGAAGAGGGGGCGAGGGAGGCCCUCGCGGCGGAGUCCGAGCCGCCGCGGCCCGGCGGCGGAGAGGACGGCGCGGUGGGGGAGGAAGGGAAGGUCCGACGCCACGCCGAGGUGCCGCGCGACGCUCCGAGGGGGCGCGGGGCGCGGAGCGGGGACGUCGAGGGGCGGCGCCGCGGGUGGCCGGGGGACCCGGAGGGCCGAGAGGCCGAGGACGUGGGGGGGGCGGAGCUCGCCCGGCUCGUCCAGGAGCUGCGGCGGCGUCUCGGGGAGGCCCGGACCGAGCUGCGGCGCCGCCCCUCCCCCCACGAGGUGGAGGCGGAGCGCCUCCAGCACCGUGCCGACAUCGAGACGCUCAAGGCCGAGUGCGAGCGGGGCCUGCUGCUCAUGGAAGAGUGCCACCGUGGAGCGCUGCGCGAGCUGCAAGAGGCCCAGCGGCAGACGGUGGCGGCGCUGGGCGAGGAGAAGGAGCGGCUGCUGGCGGAGGAGACCGCCGCCACUGCUGCCGCGAUUGAGGCGAUGAAGACGGCCUACCGAGAGGAGCUGGAGAAACUCCGCAAGGGCCGAGGAGGUGUUUCCCGGAGCGUCACGGAGGAGCGUGCGCAGUACGAGCAGGACCUGGCCUCGCUGCAGCGGGAGAUCGAGGCCUUGUCUGAGCAGUACUCCCACAAGAGCCUGCAGGCCGCGCACCUCCUGCAGGCUCUGGAGGCUGAGAGGGCCGCGCUGCAGCAGAGCCGGCGCGACAACCGCCAGCUCAACGCGCGCAACCAGAAGCUCGGCACUCAGGUGGCGCAAGUGGCACGGGGGGCACAGGAGGAGCGGGCGCCGAGCGAGGCGGCGGAGGGACGCGGCGCCACGCGCAGUAACUUCGAGCUGCAGGUCGCUCUGCGCGUGAAGGAGUCCGAGAUCGAGUUCCUCAAGCAGGAGCUGCGCUCGCUCAGAGAGGAGCUCCACACGGCUCAGAGGGACAAGAAGCUCGCCGCCCACCGCUACAAGGACAUGUACCGUGAGAUGAGCCUGGCGCGCGCGCACGCCCAGCGCGACUCGCGCCUGCUGCAGGAGAAGCUGCGUCGACUCACGCAGCAGCAGCAGCUGGCGGCGCCGGGCGUCGACCGCCGCGGACACGCACAGCCGCCACACGAUGUCCUGAAGUCACGGAGUAACCCGGAGGGUUUGCGUGCUGGACUUGCAUCCGUUAGUCAGCGUCUCAAGGCUGAGUCGGAGGGCUUCCCGCUGGGCGAUAAAACCCAGAAGACGCCCGUGUGACUGCACCGCCAACGUGUGACAAGACCCGAUCGAUUUGCGCACUCAACUUUUCAUUUGCACGUCAUCAUAAAAAAAUAUUUGCAUUUAUUUGACCUUUAAAUUGGCCCGGCAACACAUGCCGCACAGUAUCGCCGUCUCACAAAUUUGAAGGCACCCUCAGCGGCAGCUGUCCCUGUGCAGCCAGUCGGUGCCUGCGAUCGCUGCUGCUCUCCGUGAGUGUCAUUUGCGAUCUGAUUUUUCGCAACGACGAGCAGCGAAAGUGCCAAAACUUACUGCCGCUUCGGCCGAACGGCUCAAACUAAAAACUAAACAGAUUUUGUAUUUGGCCAGGUAAGGCCCCCUGAGCUAUAUAGCUGUUUUUCAGAAGUGACCUCGCCGCAGAAGGAUAGCUCAACGAAGUGGCUU